CACCAGUUCAACAAAAUAAAAUAGUUAAAUUCUUGUAUCUUUUCCUCAAAUAGUUACUGUGUAAGAGAUUGUUUUUGGAAUGACUGGGUAAACUGGUUCGAUUUUACGUCAAGCCGUAGUUCGUCCGUGUUGUUGUCAAACAUCAGCUGAUGGGGAAGUAUGGCAGGUGGGGCUGAGGAAGAGGAGUCUUUGCUGGCCAGUUAUUCCGCCCCGUCAGACAGACCACAGGCUAAUGGAACGUUUGGCCACCCCCAGAGACGGACCCCGCCCAGGAAACCCUUGUCUCUUGUCAGCAAGGUGUGUUUUGCCCUGGGAGGGAUGCCGUACCAGAUGACCAACAAUAUCAUUGGCUUCUUCAUCUCCAUCUUUCUUCUGGAGGUUGCACAGAUUCGACCUGGAUAUGCAUCAGUCAUCUUAUUUGGAGGCCGUGCUUGGGACGCCAUAACUGACCCUCUGGUGGGAUUCCUGGUCAGUAAGACCAACACAAGAUGGGGCAAGCUGAGACCAUGGAUUAUUUUCUCAGCUCCAUUUGGAGUGGCGUCUUACUUCUUUCUGUGGUACGUGCCAACAGACUUUAGUGAAGAGGCAAGGCUGGGAUGGUACUUCCUCAUGUACUGUCUAUUUGAAGCAGCACUCAGUUGCUUCCAUGUGCCUUACACCGCCCUGACCAUUUACCUCAGUGCUGACCCCAAAGAGCGGGACUCUGCUACAGCAUACAGAAUGUUCUGUGAGGUUCUUGGGGUGUUACUCGGCAGUGCUAUCCAGGGACAGAUCGUUGCUGGUAUUGGCGGGUCCACAGAAACAGACUGUGACAACCCUGGAGCCACUGUUAGUCCUGUGAUCAGGGCAAAUAUGGAAAGAGCCUAUCUUGUUGGUGCCGGUGUGAUGUGUGGAUUCUACCUCUUCUGUGCUGCAACUGUGUUUUUUGGAGUGACAGAAAGGAAAGAUGUAGAAGGAGGCAGUGAAGAAGAGGAGGCAUCAUUUUUCCAGGGACUGAAGCUGGUCUUCAAACACGGUCCAUAUGUCAAACUCACCAUGAGCUUCCUCUUCCUAUCACUGGCCAUUCAGUCUGUACAGGGUAACUUUGCCUUGUUCUGUCAGCAUUCCCUGGGCCUGGGAGAUCAGUUCCAGAACCUCAUCCUUGCCUUAUUGGGAGCAGCAAUUCUGUGCAUGCCAGUCUGGCAGUGGUGUCUUGUCAAGUAUGGGAAGAAAACAGCUCUCUUCUGGGGAACUGCAGUAUUUAUCCCCACCCUGUUCACUCUGUUGUACCUCCCGGGGAACCUUUAUGCCGUCUACCCCAUCACCAUACUGGGAGGAGUGGGAAUCUCUGUUGCCUUCCUGUUGCCAUGGUCCAUGUUACCUGAUGUUGUGGAUGACUUCACACUGAAGACAGGCACGAGGAGGGAGGCCAUCUUCUACUCCUUUUAUGUCUUUUUCACCAAAUUUGCUGCUGGCAUUUCUUUAGGACUAUCCACACUCACUCUGGAAGCUGCUGGUUAUGUCACCGGGGCCUGCUCCCAGUCUGCCAUAGUCGGCUUCACCCUGAGGAUGUUGGUGGCUCCUGCUCCUAUUGUCUUCAUCCUCAUCUCCCUCCUCUUCCUGUGGAGUUAUCCCAUCACUGAGGAGAGGAGGAGGCUCACCAAGGCAGCUUUGGAACACAAACGGGACAAGGCGAGAAGAGCGCAUGGACAACCUGCUGCCCUGGACUCAAGUCUGGAGGGGUCCACAAGAGUGUACAUCCCGCAGCACCGGUUGCGCCAGACGGCUACCGCCAGGCGCUCCACCAUGCAGCGGGACGUGCCACCUGUUUCCACCGCGCCCAGCUCCGCCAAGCAGCAUGCCCCCACCGGCUACCCGCACGACAGCAAGCCGCCGACGUUCACCUCCGAUAAGAAGGCAAAAAUGGCCGCCAAGACAAACAAGAAGUGGGUUCGUCUCGCCACGGUUUUCGCCUACGUUUUCUGCGUGUCGCUGGCAGCCAUCGUGCUGGCGAUCUACUACAGCUUCUUCUGGACCGGCACGACACUACAGGCUGCCGCGGGAGGGGGCACCAGUACCCCCGGCAACAUCACAAACACCACCCUGGCGAGUCCGACCGCUGCUCAAACAACUCCAGCCAACACACCAGCCGCCACUCCAGCAGCGUCAACACCGUUUGAUUGGCACUCUGUCCUUAUCCUGCAAUGGACCAGGGAUUAUGGAAUGUUCUGUGAGGUUCUUGGGGUGUUACUCGGCAGUGCUAUCCAGGGACAGAUCGUUGCUGGUAUUGGCGGGUCCACAGAAACAGACUGUGACAACCCUGGAGCCACUGUUAGUCCUGUGAUCAGGGCAAAUAUGGAAAGAGCCUAUCUUGUUGGUGCCGGUGUGAUGUGUGGAUUCUACCUCUUCUGUGCUGCAACUGUGUUUUUUGGAGUGACAGAAAGGAAAGAUGUAGAAGGAGGCAGUGAAGAAGAGGAGGCAUCAUUUUUCCAGGGACUAAAGCUGGUCUUCAAACAUGGUCCAUAUGUGAAACUCACCAUGAGCUUCCUGUUCCUUUCACUGGCAAUUCAGUCUGUACAGGGUAACUUUGCCUUGUUCUGUCAGCAUUCCCUGGGCCAGGGAGAUCAGUUCCAGAACCUCAUCCUUGCCUUAUUGGGAGCAGCAAUUCUGUGCAUGCCAGUCUGGCAGUGGUGUCUUGUCAAGUAUGGGAAGAAAACGGCUCUCUUCUGGGGAACUGCAGUAUUUAUCCCCACCCUGUUCACUCUGUUGUACCUCCCGGGGAACCUUUAUGCCGUCUACCCCAUCACCAUACUGGGAGGGGUGGGAAUCUCUGUUGCCUUCCUGCUGCCAUGGUCCAUGUUACCUGAUGUUGUGGAUGACUUCACACUGAAGACAGGCACGAGGAGGGAGGCCAUCUUCUACUCCUUUUAUGUCUUUUUCACCAAAUUUGCUGCUGGCAUUUCUUUAGGACUAUCCACUCUCACUCUGGAAGCUGCUGGUUAUGUCACCGGGGCCUGCUCCCAGUCUGCCAUAGUCGGCUUCACCCUGAGGAUGUUGGUGGCUCCUGCUCCUAUUGUCUUUAUCCUCAUCUCCCUCCUCUUCCUGUGGAGUUAUCCCAUCACUGAGGAGAGGAGGAGGCUCACCAAGGCAGCUUUGGAACACAAACGGGACAAGGCGAGAAGAGCCUGUGGAGAACGUGCAGCCCUGGACUCAAGUCUGGAGGGGUCCACAAGAGUAUAGAACAUGACACUGUACUUACACAUGUACCAUGUAUAAUCAAAGCUAUUAUGGCUUUGGAUGUUGGCCUAUAUUUUGGGUGUGAAUAUUCAAAUCUGAAACUGUACACAAAUAAAUUUUACUCACAUUAAGUGCAAUAAACAGAUACAUGUAUCAGGGAAAGACAUUGAUAUUCUUUAAAGAGCACUAUCAGAAAUUACUAUGAACGCUAUCAAAAACGUAUCAAUCUUGAAUACUUUUAUACAUGUACAAUUUACAGUAUCCCGCUUCUUAAAAUCUUUAAACAACUUAUUGCAAGGCUUAACAAAUGUAAAUAGUUUGAUGGUUCAGCAGUGGAAUGAUUGUGUGAAAGAUGUUCAAAUUCUCCAAUGCAAGUUUUAUAAGCCUAUUCGCCAUUACCGGCGCGAAAUGCAUGAUGGGUAAUAUCCGCCAUUUUGAGAGAUAAACAAAACCGCGUCGCCCCGCGACACAGCGAGCGCGGGUGUCGAAUCCCGCUACGUAGCUAAAAAAAAUGAGUUUACCCGGGCCGUAAGUGGAGAUUUUAUAUCUUAUUGGACGGCAAAGAUGACAGACGUUUCUUGGUUGAGGUUAGACUGCCGGUAACUGCCGGUUUUCAAGGCGUUUCCGCGAGUCACGUCCAGGGGGAAAAGCCUACAACUUCAAGGCGCAUACAACUUCGUAUGCUUAAAAGAAUCACGACGCGGUUGCCGAAUUCGCCGAAGACAGCAGCAGGUUCAGUUGUGAAUGUCAAGAAUUAUAGUCAAGAAUAAAAAAACUCACCUAUUCUCGGUGGUGGCCUGGUUCAGAGGAGGUUAUAGGCAAUCUUCAAUGCAGUACAUGUAUAAGCACUAGCAUAUUUCAUAUGUUUUUGAAAUGCUGCCAUUUUACAGAUGUCCUAGUUAGCAGAUGUAUAACAUUAAUUUAUGGAGCACAUUGUAAUUAUUCUCUUAUUCAAAUCAUCAGGAUCUGAUAUACUUAUUGCAAGAGACUUGCAUAAAAGAAAAAAAAUCUUGGAAUGUCA